AUGGUGAAGCUCUUCUGUGCCAUCGUUGGGGUGGCGGGAGCCGCUUUUCCAGUGGACAUCGACGCGGAGCAGUCGGUGGGGGACUUGAAGAAGGCGAUCAAGGCGGAGAACCCGGCGACGAUCACGGGCGACGCCAAGGACCUGCAGCUCUUCCUGGCGAAGAAGGACGGCGCGUGGCUGAAGUCGAAGGAUCUGCUCCGGAUGCGGAAGGGGGAGAUCUCCGAUGAAGUUGAGAGUCUCUACAUGAAGGAGGAAUUGGACGAUCCGACGGACAAGAUCUGCGCAAAAUUUCCCAGCACAAUCCCCGACGGAACGAUUCACGUGCUGGUGGUGGUUCCGGUUGGUGCAGUUGGUUCAGCGAGCGAGACUUCCAGGAUGGAUCAAGUGGUCCAAGAGGUGCACGAAAUUCAUGCGCAAACUGUGCUGACCAAGCGCAAGACAUAUGUCCACUCGAACGUGGGUUCGACCGAGUACAAGGAACUUCUGGACGCCUUCAACAUUAAGGUGCAACCUGUGCGUAAAGCUGCUGCUAAGUGGGGUGAAGUCAAGGGGUUCACAUGGGACAUGAAACUCAGCGAGGAGAAGCAGAAAGAUGAAUAUCGCGAGUAUGUUGACAGCAACAUUGGCGAGCUUCUCCAGGAGGAGAAGCUUUGCGUGUUCGGUGUGGAAAAUACGACAGAUAUUCUCCGAGUUGUUGUCAACGACUCCAACAUUGAGCUCCGGGGUCGCACCGAUCUUCUCAUACUCAGUGAUAUCGUCAUGGAGAGCGCGGAUUAUGCGCUGGACUUGCCUGAAGUGAAGAUGCUGAUUGAUGUGAAGAAAAAGGUUGAAAGACAAUCUGUCUUCCAGGCGAUGUCAGAGCUAAUUGCUCUGGCUCUGCUUGCCGACGACCCAGUGGUUGCACUGCUUACUGACUUCAACGGCGAUUGGCGAUUCUUCUGGGUCGCCGGGAAGGAAAACAAUACCACUUGCGUCAACAAAGUGAACAUUACGAAUCCAGGUGAAGCUUUCGAGUUGAUCAGGCAGCUACUGAAGCCUACGGAUAUCAUGACCCCAGUGCUUCAAGACCCUGUGAAGCGCCAGAAGUUAUCCCGGGUGUUGCCGUCCAUCAGCGAGGCCAGUGAAAGUGGCGGGAUUCGUGAGAGCAUCGAACGAUACUAUGACAUCGCCAGUUGUUUAGGCCCCGACUUGGACAUGGCGCGUGCUGUGGCUAGACAGGUCACUCGAUCUAUUCCCACGAUGAGUUAUUUCAGCUAA